GUGGAGGCGCCGCUCCGCGCGGCAUGAGGGGCCCGCCGCCGCCGCCGCCGGGAGAGCCGUGUGUACGAGAGCGGCGGGCUGCGUGAGGGCGCGGGCUGCACUUCCCUCGGAGCCGCGGCGGCGGAGCAGGUCCCAGUGACCCCGGCCGGGGAGGCUCCGAGCGCUCGGCAACAUGGCUUCUCCGCCCCACCAGCAGCUGCUGCAGCACCACAGCACCGAGGUGAGUUGUGACUCCAGCGGCGACAGCAACAGCGUGAGGGUCAAAAUCAACCCCAAGCAGCUGUCCUCCAACAGCCACCCCAAACACUGCAAGUACAGCAUCUCCUCCAGCUGUAGCAGCUCCGGGGACUCGGCGGGGGUCCCCCGGAGAGUGGGCGUCGGAGGCCGCCUGCGCAGGCAGAAGAAGCUGCCCCAGCUGUUCGAGAGGGCCUCCAGCCGGUGGUGGGACCCCAAGUUCGACUCGGUGAACCUGGAGGAGGCUUGCAUGGAGCGCUGCUUCCCGCAGACGCAGCGCCGCUUCCGGUAUGCGCUCUUCUACAUCGGCUUCGCCUGCCUUCUCUGGAGCAUCUAUUUUGGGGUCCACAUGAGAUCCAAACUGAUUGUCAUGGUCGCCCCUGCUCUGUGCUUCCUCGUGGUGUGUGUGGGCUUUUUUCUCUUUACCUUCACCAAGCUGUAUGCCCGGCAUUACGUGUGGACCUCGCUGGUUCUCACCCUCCUGGUGUUCGCCCUGACCCUGGCUGCCCAGUUUCAGGUUUUGACGCCUCUCUCAGGACGGGUUGACAGCUCCAAUCAUACACGGGCAGCCAAGUCCACAGACACUUGCUUAUCUCAAGUGGGGAGCUUUUCCAUGUGCAUCGAAGUGCUCUUUUUGCUCUACACCGUCAUGCACUUACCUUUGUACUUGAGCUUGUUUUUGGGAGUGGCGUAUUCUGUUCUUUUUGAGACCUUUGGCUAUCAUUUCCGAGAUGAAGAUUGUUUCCCCUCGCCUGGGGCAGGGGCCCUGCACUGGGAGCUGCUGAGCCGGGCCCUGCUCCACGUCUGCGUUCACGCCAUCGGGAUCCACCUGUUCAUCAUGUCCCAGGUGAGAUCCAGAAGCACCUUCCUCAAGGUGGGACAGUCAAUUAUGCACGGGAAGGAUCUGGAAGUGGAAAAAGCCCUGAAAGAGAGGAUGAUUCAUUCUGUGAUGCCAAGAAUCAUAGCUGAUGACCUGAUGAAACAGGGGGAUGAAGAGAGCGAGAAUUCUGUCAAAAGGCAUGCCACCUCCAGCCCCAAGAACAGGAAGAAAAAGUCUUCCAUACAGAAGGCCCCUAUUGCAUUCCGCCCGUUUAAGAUGCAGCAGAUCGAAGAAGUCAGUAUUUUAUUUGCAGAUAUCGUGGGCUUCACCAAGAUGAGUGCCAACAAGUCUGCUCACGCCCUGGUGGGUCUCCUCAAUGAUCUCUUCGGUCGCUUCGACCGGUUAUGUGAAGAGACCAAGUGUGAGAAAAUCAGCACCUUGGGGGACUGCUACUAUUGUGUGGCAGGGUGCCCCGAGCCCCGGGCCGACCAUGCCUACUGCUGCAUCGAGAUGGGCUUGGGCAUGAUAAGAGCCAUUGAGCAGUUCUGCCAGGAGAAGAAGGAGAUGGUGAACAUGCGCGUUGGGGUUCACACGGGGACCGUGUUGUGCGGCAUCUUGGGCAUGAGGAGGUUUAAAUUUGAUGUGUGGUCCAAUGACGUGAACUUGGCCAAUCUCAUGGAGCAGCUGGGAGUGGCUGGCAAGGUUCACAUUUCUGAGGCCACUGCAAAAUACCUAGAUGAUCGGUACGAAAUGGAAGAUGGGAAGGUUACUGAACGCCUCGGCCAGAGUGUUGUUGCCGACCAGUUGAAAGGUUUGAAGACAUACCUGAUAGCGGGUCAGAGAGCGAAGGAGUCUCGUUGCAGCUGUUCAGAGGCCUUGCUUUCUGGCUUUGAGGUCAUUGACGGCUCACGGCUGUCCUCAGGCCCUAGGGGACAGGGGACAGCAUCGCCAGGGAGUGUCAGUGACUUGGCGCAGACUGUCAAAACCUUUGAUAACCUUAAGACCUGCCCUUCAUGCGGAAUCACGUUUGCUCCCAAAUCAGAAGCUGGUGCAGAAGGAGGAGCAGUGCAAAAUGGCUGUCAAGAGGAGCAUAAAAACAGUACCAAGGCUUCUGGAGGACCUAAUUCCAAAACGCAAAACGGACUUCUGAGCCCUCCCCAGGAAGAGAAGCUCACCAACAGUCAGACCUCCCUGUGCGAGAUCUUACAGGAAAAGGGAAGGUGGGCAGGUGUGAGCUUGGACCAGUCAGCUCUCCUUCCACUGAGAUUCAAGAACAUCCGGGAGAAAACAGACGCCCAUUUUGUUGAUGUUAUCAAAGAAGACAGCCUGAUGAAAGAUUAUUUUUUUAAGCCACCCAUUAAUCAGUUCAGCUUGAACUUCCUGGAUCAGGAGCUAGAGCGAAACUACAGGACCAGCUAUCAAGAAGAGGUUAUAAAGAAUUCUCCCGUGAAGACUUUUGCCAGUGCCACCUUCAGCUCCCUCCUGGAUGUGUUUCUGUCCACGACAGUGUUUCUGAUUCUCUCCAUCACCUGCUUCCUGAAGUACGGGGCCGCCGCCAUGCCUCCCCCGCCGGCCGCCCUGGCCGUCUUCAGCACUGCCCUGCUGUUGGAGGUGCUGUCCCUCGUGGUCUCCGUCAGGAUGGUGUUUUUCCUGGAGGAUGUGAUGGCUUGUACCAAGCGCCUGCUAGAGUGGAUAGCCGGCUGGCUCCCGCGCCAUUUCAUCGGGGCCAUCCUGGUGUCCCUCCCUGCUCUCGCAGUCUAUUCACACAUCACCUCUGAAUUUGAGACAAACAUACAUUUCACCGUGUUCACCGGCUCAGCUGCUCUCAUCGCCGUCGUGCACUAUUGUAACUUCUGCCAGCUCAGCUCCUGGAUGAGGUCCUCCUUGGCCACCGUCGUCGGGGCGGGGCCCCUGCUUCUGCUCUAUAUCUCCCUCUGUCCGGACAGUUCCAUAGUAAUGUCACACCUUGAUGCAGUACAGAAUUUCAGUUCCCAGAGGCAUCCGUGCAAUAGUUCCUUGCUGCAUGACAGCAGGAGACCAGCCCGCCUAAUUGGCCAAGAGGUGGCUCUUGUCUUCUUUCUCCUGCUCUUGUUGGUCUGGUUCCUGACCCGAGAAUUCGAAGUCAGCUACCGCCUUCACUACCAUGGGGACGUGGAGGCGGACCUUCACCGCACCACGAUCCAGAGCAUGAGGGACCAAGCCGACUGGCUGCUGAGGAACAUCAUCCCCUACCACGUGGCCGAGCAGCUGAAGGUUUCCCAGACCUACUCCAAGAACCAUGACAGCGGAGGAGUCAUCUUCGCCAGCAUCGUCAACUUCAGUGAGUUCUACGAGGAGAACUACGAGGGAGGCAAGGAGUGCUACCGGGUCCUCAAUGAGCUGAUCGGGGACUUCGACGAGCUCCUGAGCAAGCCAGACUACAGCAGCAUCGAGAAGAUCAAGACCAUCGGGGCCACAUACAUGGCGGCGUCGGGGCUGAAUGCCACACGGUGCCAGGACGGUAGCCACCCGCAGGAGCACCUGCAAAUCCUGUUUGAGUUUGCCAAGGAGAUGAUGCGCGUGGUGGACGAUUUCAACAACAACAUGCUCUGGUUCAACUUCAAGCUCAGAGUUGGCUUCAACCAUGGGCCCCUCACAGCAGGGGUCAUCGGCACGACCAAGCUGCUGUACGACAUCUGGGGGGACACCGUCAACAUCGCCAGCAGGAUGGACACCACGGGGGUGGAGUGCCGCAUCCAGGUGAGUGAAGAGAGCUACCGUGUCCUAAGCAAGAUGGGCUACGACUUUGACUACAGAGGGACGGUGAACGUAAAGGGGAAAGGUCAGAUGAAGACCUACCUUUACCCAAAGUGCAUGGACAACGGGGUCGUGCCGCAUCACCAGCUGUCCAUCUCCCCAGACAUCCGAGUCCAGGUGGACGGCAGCAUCGGACGGUCUCCCACGGACGAGAUUGCCAACCUGGUGCCUUCUGUACAGAACUUGGACAAGACGUCUCUGGGUUCUGAUAACAACACACAGGCCAAGGAUGCUCACCUGUCCUCUAAGAGACCCUGGAAAGAGCCCAUCAAAGCCGAAGAAAGGUGUCGAUUUGGCAAAGCCAUAGAGAAGAGCGACUGUGAAGAAAUGGGGAUGGAAGAAGCCAACGAGCUCACCAAGCUCAACGUCUCAAAGAGUGUGUGACGCAGCGCCGCGCGCUGCCUGCGGUGCUCUGCUCCUCGAAACACAAUAAUAUUUGUAUUUGGCUGUUGUGUGUUCCAAGCGCCACGGGUUCCGUCCCCGGACGUGGUGUCAUGUGGUCAUUGCAGCCCUAACUUCUGUGUGGAUCACAGUUAUUCAGGGUUCAUUUUCAUCCAUUUCUUUCCUUUUUCUCCCCUUGGUGUCACACUCAGCGUGGAGAACAAGUGCCUUCAGGGGCUGGCCGUGGCCUUGGAGUCUAGGGACAAAGGCCACCGGUGGAGAUCAUGGCCUUGAGUGUUGUUGGACUUUUAAAACAAAAGCUGUGGUUAAGAUAUCAUGUUUAUUGCUUUUUCUCACGAGACACUUUUUUUUUUUUGCUAAUACAAUGUUUUUGAGGUUUAUUUUUUCUGUAUACAUAAUAGUGUUUUCCAGUGACCUGACCUUUCUGUGUAAGCACAUACACGCACACACACUUGCAUUUAUGAAUCUGAGAUCAAGUGCCAGUAACUCCCUGGGAGGGGACGUCCGGGGGCGAGGCUGAGAACGGCAGUCCGCAGUCAGCCAGGCCGCCAGUUCCCCUCCCACCUGCGCCUUCCAGAGCACCUGGGCCUCGUGGGCUGUGGCCGCACCGCUCCCCACACCUGGCGGCUUUAGGGCUUCCUGCACAUGUAGGCCAAGAGUCCAAAUGCUAACCGGUAACAAAGCUUGUGAACCAGGCCUCAGGUAUUUAAAAGCCGUUUUCCAUUCUGCCCCCGCACCGAGGGGUGUUCCAGCUGGGAGCGAAGGGGUUUGCCUUUGAAGCUGACUCGUCUGAGAGGGGAACUCAAAAUAAAUGUCUGAGGGUUGCAUUAAUUUAUUUAUUUAUUUAUCAGGAAACGUGUGUUUUGGGGAGGGGGUGCCGGGUCAUUCUGGUGAGGGGAAGUAGGCUCCGGGCUCCGCAGAGGGCAGGCACAGCAGAAGAAAGAGAUGUCUGUCAGUGCUGCAGCCACUGUAGGCCACCUCCCCCUCAAGGGGGCUGAGCAGGACCCCUGGGUCGGAGAAGCUCUCGGCCACUGUUUGUAAACCGACGCUGCGACUUCUGCCCCACAUGCCAUGGAUCUGCGUCCCGGGGUCUCCCUGCUGCAGGGUUACAUCAGAACCCGGCUCGGUGAGAAGCGGGAGGUCUGGGCAGAGCAGGCGGGCAGGCGGUGUGGCACUGUCUUGGCUUCCACACAUUCAGGAAAUUUCUCCAUCCUUUCCCAUUCUCAUCCUGCGCAGGACCUGUUUGUGGCAGGAGUGACCCUGGGGGGCGAACCCCAGCCCUCUAUAGAUGGGGUUCUUGCACUGUAUGUAGGGACAGUAUGUCCGGAGGCAGAUGGGGUGCUGCGCAGGGGUAUAGAAAACCUAAGGAAAAGCACUUCUGUGCCCUUUGUCGCUAAUCCUGCUUGUAAUCAUGUUUUGCCACGUUGAGUCUGGAGUUUAUGUAGAAUCGAACUCAGGCUGGAGUUGCCCUGUCCCAGCCAUAGUUAUUUUUAAGGUGACAUGGCAUACAGCUCAUGGGGUAAUUUGAGGACUAGUUCUUUCUCUGUUUACGGUCUUCCGAUGGUCCUGUGCAUUUGCUUUUCACUGGUAGAUCUCUGUGUAACUUCCACAUCUGCAGCAAGUCCCCAAAUACGUACAGAAUCUGCGGUCUGAAGCAUAACGAAAUAUUGAUUCUGACCGGCUAGCUCCCCCUGGGACAUACCUGGGAUGGCCACCUGGCCACCAGGAGCCCAGCGUCCUGGGGAAUCCAGAGCAUUCUUAGUCACUAAGAUUUUCCUUCAGGUUUUCCUGUCAGUUUGUUGAUCUUCCAGUGCUGGAGAAAGGUUGGUGUGACAAUACCUCUUGCUUCUAAAGAAUGUAUUCUUAUAAAAACUGCAGGAUUUUUAUUUUUUCUUAAAAACACUACCUGAUGCUCUCCUUGUCCAUAGCGAUCGUGGGCGUGUUAGGGAUUUCUUCCCUCAGUAUUACCGCAUUUGUGAGUGUGGCCCUUCCCGUUGCCUUCCAGCUCCAGGUUCUGUAGCUUUGGCGGCAGCUAAGGGUCUGGGCGGUUGCCCAUGAGUUACCCGUGUCUCUGCUGUUCGUUCAAGACAUGCUCUACAAAGUUCAUCUCUGCACACACUUCCCCCCGUCAAACUCUUUUUUCCUUCCUCUGCUACAAAGGUGUUUGUGAUUCCUGACCCUGGGAACCCGAGAAGCUGCGACCCACAGGGAGAGAAUCCUAACAUCUGGUGGUCUGGUUCAGCAUUGUACAAAUUAGAGCCUUUGAUGGGCGGCUCACCCAGCGGCUAAAAUUGUCUUUAAAGAACACCCUGAGCCUUCCUAAAUAACCAGUACAGAUGUUCUCUCUGGGUCACCAGGCGACUCGGGUCCUUCCCAGUUCCCUGCUCUGAAGCAUACCUCAACGCAGAACCACAGAAUCUCUGCAAUGGAAGUGCCCUGCGUCUAACUCUGCUGGCGUUGAACAGAUAGUUGCUGCAGACAGACGGGGUUUCUAAGCAGUGGGUUCAGGCGCUACCGACAUGAUGGAUGCGUUCUUCAGAGUGGCAAUACCUCUUACGAACUUAGGGCAGGAAGCAAUACUUCAGAAUUGAAUGUGUGUAAAUAGUUGCUUUGAGUUGCAAUUUUCUUCUUGGCCCCAGGUCAGAUCAAAUUAUAGAGAUAUAUAUAUCAUAAACAAGCACAUAAUUUUAUCCAAUGCAAACAAGUGUAGAGCAUCAGUUAUGAAACCCUUAAGUAGUUUGAAGAGUCGCACAGAUUAUGCAACACCUGCACACGACUCCAAUAACACUGACUUCACUGGUGGAGACAACACCUGCACAUUUGCACAUGACAUUGAGAGCCAAAGGGCCUUUGCUUCCCAUUACGUGGGCUGUAAUAAUUUGUAGUUUCCAAAGAUCCGUCUGCAUUUGCAUUUCUAGGUUUUUGAUUUAAGCAUUUUUUGGUUGGUUGUUUUGGAAAAUCACAUCAUGCCUAGGAUCUGAAAUUAAAUUAGCAAGAACCAACUGUUUGCUUUUUCCAUCUUUCCUUUGCUCUGCUCUUUUUCAAUUGUUAAUUCUAAGAAUUUCAAAAUGCAUCCACUGAAGAAAUGGACAUUAAAGUAUUCUAAAAUCUAAA